AUGGAUUCGAGCAUGAACGCUGAGGAGAGGCUCAGCAAGGUCCGUGAAGGGUUCCCUUGCACUUUCGGAGGCUUCUUCAAAGACGAACGCGGGUCCACAAAACGCAUGGCUUCUUUUGUGACGAAUUCUCCCCCAGACAUCCAGCGAAACGCACGAAUUCUUGCAGUCUGCGGCAUCAGCGAUGGAUUUGAUAACUUAGCCAGCCCAAAGAAAGAUGGGUGGUUCUACUCAGAUUUUUUUGCAUUUCAUACGCUUCUUCAUGGACAGGGCGCGUCACAGAAAUGGUGUUGUAGCGACCAGCCAUCUGCGCUACUUCAGAAAUAUGGACCGUAUCUUCACGGAAACCCCUAUACACAACGCCGCGUGGUUCUAAAUCAGUAUCUUCUCGAAACAGAGCUCGAUGACGUAUGUGUGAUACCUUCGCCUAGUCUCUUGUCGGGUUUCCUUGAUAUCCUACGGGAAGAAUCUGCUUCAGCCCUACAGUUAAAACAGCCACUCAUCCUCUUCAUCUUUGCCCAUGGCGACGAAACAACCAAGUCCGUUACUAUUGGAGGUGAAGCUAGUAGUGAUGAAGAUAUGUCGUACUCCAACGAGUCCGAAUACGACAUGAGCAUAUCAACAGUUGCCAGUAUCGUUGAUCCCAGCGUCGACCUAACCAUAAUUUCAACGGCUUGUUUCUCGGGUGGUUGGGCAGUUACAUCGAUACUCGACGCAACUGUGUUAUCAGCUGCUGGAGUAAAUCGACCUAGCGAAUCCUGGGCGAAGAGUUCUUCACUCUCUCGGGCCUGUGGAAACAUCUAUGCCUCAGCUUUAAUCAAAGCGCUCGCAAUGGAAACCUCGGAUGAACAACAGCUCGCUUCACAGCCAAUCCCCCACGAUAUUACUACUUCUUCUGCCCAGGACGAGACUUCCACUCCAGAUAUGCAAGCAAAGACGUUUUCUGAGUUUGCUCGGACAGUGCAUAAACUUCUACUGACUGGAAUUGAUAGAUUUGGGCAUCACCAUGACAUUCGGUUCAGUGCGCAAAAUGACGACUGGGAAAGCCAUUGGCGCAAGAGAACAGGAUUUCCUCUAGCUGAUUUCCAGUCGAAAUGGGACAGUUUGGAAAUGGUUGAGGCACGCCCAACAACAAUUUUGAAUCGAGACCCCCUUGCUGAAGAUACAGAAAUAGACAAUGCCACACUAGUGGACAUUAGAGGCCAAUAUGGCUCUUCAUCAUCGUAUAUGACAGGACUCCGCCGACUCGCCAGAAAAUACCUGCAAAGUUUCCCUGGCCGGGAUUCUCUUGCUCCCAACUCCAGCCUACAUCAACAGUGCGCUGAUCUACUAAGAAGAAAAGAGUUUAGCAAGGGCGCACUGAGCCGGAUUGAGUCCGCCCUACAAUACCGUAUGGGUAUAAGUUUUUUAGCGAACCAGCUUGUUGUUGGCUUCUCCUUGCCCCUUCCGCACGGCGUAUUUUGCGAGGAAUGGGACGAAGAUACUAUAUUUACCUAUAAUUCACAAGAAAGGAGCAGACUUUUCCAGAGGUUACUCUCACUAUUUCCAUCACCAACCCGCAAUCAAGGAGUUAAGGGCUGGGUCAAAGGGUACUGGUAUAUAGUCGCCGCACUAAUCGAAGCUGACCUUUCGCCAUCCCAAAUGGAUCAUAAAAUUCAGCAACUCUUUGAAGGCGCAAGAGGAUUCGCUGCGUCGACAUCCUCAAGUCCAAUCAAAACGAAGGCGUUUGCUCAGUUCAUGUGGAGGGAUUCCACGCCGACCAUCGCCGUCAAAGAGAGGAGAGAGGUCGAUGAGCCCACAACGUCCUAA